AUGCAUUUUGCUACCAUCAUCGCUACUGCUGCUCUCGCCAUGGGCGUCGCAGCUGAGCCUGCCUCUAAAGAUCUUCCCUUCAACGUCAUUUCUGCCCGCAUUUGGAGCUCUAAGGACUGCGGAGGCGACAACAACAAUGGAAAUCUUGGCGAAUUGACCACGCAUCGUGAUGAGCUCAACGAAUGCUUCAAGUUCAUCGACAAGGUCAAGUCUGUGAGCCAGUAUGAGCAUGCCAAAGGCUGCAAGCUUCUUCUCUUCACAGACAGCAACUGCAAGCGUGGACAGAAGACUGUCAAGGAUGACCAGUGUCGCGAGACUUCUUCUCACUUCAGCAGCUACAAGACUGUUUGCAACUAA